UGCAAACAACGCGCUUUCCCUCUCUCUUUCGAGCUGUAUGAUGGAUUACGCAGUUACGUACAGUUCUCCUCAGUUGAUCGUUACGUCUGAACAGAAUGACAGGAGAGAAAGCAAGUUGCCACUCUUGCGGACCGGGUUACAGCAGCCCGAAAGCAGCAAUGCUCGAGGGUCCCCGUGAAAAACUCUUGUAUGUGGUUGGAAUUCACACCGAUCCUGAAAAGGCCGAUGUUCUUUGCACGGUUGACGUGGAUCCUGAUAGUCCCACGUACUGUCAGAUAAUACACAAACUGAGGAUGUUGGCGGUUGGCGACGAACUACAUCACUCUGGCUGGAAUAUCUGCAGCAGCUGUCAUGACUCGUCACGAAAACGCGAUACCCUGGUGUUACCCUGUCUCAUGUCAGACCGGGUCUAUUUUAUUGAUACAAGCGACGAAAAAACGCCCAAGAUUAAAAAGAUUCUGGAACCGGAGGAGAUGCACAAGUAUGGAAUAUCCACGCCGCAUACCUCGCAUUGUUUGCCAACUGGCGAGAUAGUGAUCUCCACCAUGGGGAACCUUGACGGUGACGGAUUAGGCGAAUUCUUCUGCAUCGACGCGGAGACUUUGGAAACGAAAGACACGUGGACGAGAGGCCAGGAUAAAGCGAACUUUGGGUAUGAUUUUUGGUAUCAACCCUAUCACGACACGCUCAUCGCCUCCGAAUGGGGUGCACCUAAAUUUUUUAAAAAGGGAUAUUUUCCGGACAAUGCUUCUGAUCCCAAGAUCUAUGGAAGAAGCUUGAACAUUUACUCAUGGAACGAGCGAAAGUUGAAGCAGACCAUCAAUCUGGGAGAAGAUGGAAUCGCGCCUCUCGAGAUUAGAUUUCUUCAUGAUCCUUUGGCAGCCGAAGGAUUCGUGGGUUGUGCGGUAUCAUCGAAUGUUUACCGAUUUUAUAAGGCAGAGAACAACUCGUGGAAGACCGAGAAGGUGAUCCAAGUGUUGCCGAAGAAAGUCGAAGGAUGGAUCUUGCCUCUGAUGCCAGGUAUGAUCACCGACAUCCUACUGAGUCUCGAUGACAAGUAUUUGUAUCUGUCCAACUGGUUGCACGGUGAUGUCAGGCAAUACGACAUCUCGGACACGAAAAAUCCGAAAUUGACUGGUCAGAUCUUCUUGGGUGGAUCGAUUCUAAACGAUUCGCAAGUACGUGUGAUUGAAGACGAAGAGAUGAAUAGUCAGCCUGAUCCGGUCUACGUAAAGGGACGAAGAUUGUAUGGUGCGCCACAAAUGUUGCAGCUAAGCUUGGAUGGACGUCGUUUGUACGUGACCACGUCGAUCUUUAAACUAUGGGACAAGCAGUUUUAUCCCGACCACUUCAAAUAUGGAUCGACGAUGGUGAAGCUUGAUGUCGAUGUCGAGAAGGGUGGUAUGAAGCUCGAUUCUCAAUUCCUCAUUGAUUUUGGCGCCGAUAAAAACGAUAUUCUGCUGGCGCACGAGAUGAGAUACCCUGGUGGAGAUUGUACUUCUGACAUAUGGCUAGCAUAAAAGCAGAACUUUUGACGAUUGGCUU